AUGGACCCCAAAUUUAACCCGGAAGUUCUCAAAAUCUACUACUUUCGGUACAUGAGAGAAUACAGAGCAGUAGCUGUCUUAUGGGGUUUACUGACCAUCGUAUGGUGCAUUUUGAACGUCGUCUGCUUCAUACAACCACAGUGGAUUGGAGACACCGAGGAUUCCGACGGUUUCGGCCAUGCUGGUGUUUACGCUCACUGCUUCCCUGAGGAACCACAAUUUCACAGAUACGUGUGCAAUGGGACUUUUGGUGACUUUAAUCAGAUUCUCAACGAUCCUUUUCGGGCCAGCACGUUUUUCUGCGGCGUUGCAGCCUUACUGAUGUUGAUAUGUGUGGCUGCUCUGCUUUUGUUUUUCUGCUUCAAGAAGACUGCUGUGUUUGUGUUUUGUGGGAUACUUGAACUAAUAACUGCCGUGUUCUUGUUUUUGGCGUGUGUGAUCUACCCCGCUGGAUGGAAUGACACAGAGAUCCUUAAAAUCUGUGGCCCUAAAGCAGGACAGUACACACUUGGAGAAUGUGGCAUACGCUGGGCGUAUAUUCUAGCCAUUUUGGGAAUCUUUGACACUGGCCUUCUGGCAACACUGGCUUUUUUCCUUGCCUCCAAGAGGGCGAGGAUUGAAAUAUAUUCAACGGAUGACACUAUUGCUAAAUCCGAAAUCAACGCAUACUCAGAGACGCUCUCCAAGAAAUCGAUGCCAAUUCAACCUCAACUGAUGGUGGUCCCAGGCCAGGGGGACAUUGAUGGGUACAGUGAUAAUUACUCCAGGAUUUCAGGGAAGCCAAUGUCACGCAAUGGAUUCCAGCUCUGA